GAUAGCUCUUGCUUCAAAGGGAUAUGCCCUCUAAAAUUCCUAUAUAUUCCUGGUUAGACAAUAACAUUUUCUCGGCACAGCACAUAUAAUACAUGCAAAUACUGUAGUUUGAAGGGUUGAGUUUCGUUAUUAGUACAUGGUACGUGACGAAUUUAACUAUUGAACAGUACUUAUAACAGAACAGGUUUUAUUAACGUUAUUGGAUUGUAAAUGGGAUUAUAAAGGCAAUAUGCUCAUUUGAUUCGUGAGAAUAUUGAUAUAAAGCAGAUCAGCAGAUACAAAACGAUUUUCAUCUACAAUUACACUGGGAAAAAAGGUAACAUUACGUACAGGUAAACAGGACAUGUAACAAAAUAAGGAAGCAAAAACGGAUGAGAAUAAACUUAUAAAAACAGCACAAAGUCAUUCUUCAGCAUAAUUCCACAGGGACACAAAACAAGUGACAACACGCAAACAGAGUUGAAAUAUAGUUUUUUAAGGAUAUAACCCGACACAUGAAUAGACGACAGUUUAAUGGUCAGUAUUAACACAGAAAUUACUCAUGAAGUGACAUUUACAAAAGAAAGACCUACUCUGGAAAUAUAUUGUAAAAAAACAUUUUCGUGAAACAUAAAAGAUGGACAUCAAUUCUAAUUUGGAUUCAAAUAUGGGCCUGUCAUCUCGGCGCUCUAGAAGGUCAGACUUCCUUUGCGAAAGUAAAGUCGCAAGUCGUAUAAAAAACUUUGAAACAAAAAGCGUUAAGUCCAAGGGAAAUAAGGUUAAUGAAAGAAAAAUUGACAACAACAAUGUUCGUCAUUUGAGAGAAUCAUGGCUCCGCUCUGAAAGCAAGGACAAAAAUGGGGUGAGAAAAUCUAUUAAAUCUAUUGAUGAUAAGUCUCGUAAUUGUGAUGAACAAUCUAACAGAAAAAAUGUAAAUGGCCAAUUUUACAGAGGUAAGAUAAACCUCAAGGCCAGUUGCAACACCGAAGAUACAAAUGUCACGCAAGUCGAUGGAACGUCAGUUGUACCCAUAUUUGACCACGAUUCGUCUAAAAUUGAUAAACUAGAUACUGAAUUUAUUUCGGAUAUAUCUAAUAAUAACACUAAGUGCUUUCCUGAAGAAGUAUCUUAUCAGAUAUCAGACAACUAUACGAAGGAGAAUCCCGGUGUUGAAGAAAAUGAACCAGAGACAAGGGACGAAACAAUCUCAAGAAACAAAUGGACAAUUAACACAGUUAACGUGCAUAAAGAAAGUAUAGAAGUUGAAAAUGAUACGGAUAUAUUCUCUGGCCGACAAGCACUGUCUCAAGAAGACUCCGACAAAACAGGAUACCUUUGGACAAUAAAAACAGCAAUAGUUCACAGGGAAAGCAUAGACAUUACCGAAAACAAAGCUGACGAUUUGGAAAAUUUUAUUAUUAAUGAUACAGAGUCAAAUGACGGUGAAGACGAUGAUAUAUGUGUAGAUGAUUUGCACAUUAGUGAGGAAAGCUCCGAUGACAACGACAAUGAUGAUGGUGAUAAUGAUGUUGACUUUGACCGUACAUUAACUGCAUCAGAAUCAUUCUUUAAAUUCAUUGCUCAAAACGUUGAGGAAGGCGGCGAAAAUUCGGACAAUCAAAACAUUGACCACACAGAACCCAGUAUAACAAAACCUUUACCCAAUGCAAUCCCUAUAAUUGAAGAAAAUGUGAAUAUUCAAAAACACGUUCCAGAAAAACUAGUGAAAACUACAAAUGACAACAUCAAUGCAAACACUGUGAUACCCAGUCAAAACGCCGAUCACAUCCCAAUAUCUGUGAUUCCAAACAGACCAAGGAGAAAAUCCCCGAUUACGAAGCCAGAACGGAUUAAAAUCCAACCACCAACCGACUCAUAUUUGGGUAUUCCCAAAGUCAGCCGCAGACGACGGUGUGGGGUCGUUCUUCAACCUACUCUCGAACAAGUACCCGACUGGAAUCAAACUAUGGAAGACUUGAAAAGUCUCGCUCCAGAUUGGCGAAAGAAUGUCCAUCAUGUUAGCCCAAAUAGUAACAGUACAACGGAAAACAAUUCAUUUGGAGUUAAAUCUAAGACUCAGUUCCUGACCAAAUCUGACAGUAAUUCCACAUUAUAUGAUAUAAGUGAAGAGGGAAAUGAUGAUGAACAUGCAAACAACCACAACGUAAUGGCCCGACACUCUAGUCAAACUGAUCUAGGCACUCUGAAAACAAUGGCUGAAAAACUGAAAUUAAAAACUAGACGCCCAAGUUAUGUUCAAUGGAAACAACAAUACGUAGAUCGCCCCUUAUUAGCAAGGCUGAACAAUGACUACAGGGUGGUUGUACGGGAGAAUAUGGAAUGGACAGAACGGAAAGAUGAAAUAAACAAAGCACUGGCCUGGCUGAGACAUGAACUGAUCCAAAUGAAGCAAGAGGACCAAAUUCUAGCCCGACAGCUAGUGGCACUGAGGCAUGAAAUUAACCGUGUAAGACUGGAAAAAAGCUGUGACGAACACCGAGAAACUAUAGAUGACGCCAUGUACGAGUUAGAAGAACAGGCAGAGGAAUACACAAGUUUGUGUGACACGCCGACAGAUUUGCUCAGUCCAACACCACUGCGUCAAAUAGGGGUCACACGUAUGAAUAUCACGUCAAGAAGAUUUUCUGUUUUCUAAAGUGGGACUUAAUUACCCUGAGCAUCCUUUACAAGACCAUUCUGCUUAAAGUAAAUUAAAUACAUGCCAAAUGUGAUGUGAAGAAAUAUGUCAAUAUAGAUAUAGAAACACCGACUCGGUAAUUUGAAUUAGUUUUAAAUGAUCAGUUCGACGGCACAUUGUAUAGAGUUCUACUCUAUGCGUGUGAUGAUGAUGAAGGAAGGAGUGAAAUAUGUUUGGUGUCCUGAUUUCCACUUAUAAAUCUUGUGCAUAUGCUUAUUAAGUUCAUUGUUUUUCUGUAUAUUUUUACGCACGUAUACCUAUCAUGGAUUUCUGAGCAAUCUAUUUGGAAUCACAGAUUUAUUUUCGUUGUAAGAAUUAAAGAAGAUGAAUAUCAGAAUGUGAUUUAAAAGAUGUUACAAAAUAUGUUAUCAUUUUGAUAAAUUGAACGCCACUUUGCUUGAAGUGACAUCGUUAGCUAGUCUAUUGGUGACAUUAAGGUGAUGCUAAAAUGAAAAUUCUUAUCAGUGUACAAAUCAUUCAUCAAAUAUAGUUCCAGAUAUAACAUUUAAAGUGAUGUGUAUUGAAUACAAAUCACCUGUGUUAACCAGGGGAAACACGCGUUCAAUAUCGCUUUUGUUAUUUCGAAAACCUUUGAACCUAUGAAAACCUAUGAAAACUUUUUAUUCAAUUCCAUGUAAUAAUAUACCUUCUGGUGACAGGUGUUUGGCUGCUUUGGCGAUGUCGCCCAUUUAAACAAAAAACUAAUCGAUCAAUCAAUCAAACAACUUACAAACUAAGAAAUAAACAAACAAGCCAACUUAACUAACUAACGAAUAACCAAGGUCCAUUCUGAUAAGUUACUAGCACCAUGUAGCAUGGUUUAAUCAUCUUUAUAAACUUCAUGAUAGGGCAAAAACAUAUUGAUUUAUUUCAUAUCAUCGUAUUUAUUUAUUUCUUUGAUGUCACUCAUUUCUUUCAUAUCAACGAAGAUUCAUAUCUUUUUAUUGUAUAGAAUUCUAAACUAAUCUUUAGAGCAUGUUUUUUUUGUAAACAAAAUGUAAUAUAGAAUAAAAGAAAAAUAUAUAAAUAAAAACAAGACUUGUUACAUUGACAGAACCCAUAAUUCAAGGUGAUGUUGUGAGAACAUUGUGUAACCUAACACCUCUUUGCAAUACCUCUGUUAUCAUCACAUAUUUCUAUAUAUUAAUGAUAAUAUUCGAAAAAGAAGUGUAGGAAUUCGUGAUUAUUGAAGUUUUCACCUGGUUAGUUUCACCAAUAAAACCGUAUGGUACAGAGAACAAUUUUUAAUGUGAUAUCUCUAAAAUUGAAAACAUGUUGAUAUAGUAAGAAUAUUUGUCGUACUUCCUCAAUAAAACAGACUAGUCAUUCCAAUAGAGCUGUUUAAUGUUUCCAUAACAUCUGAGUAAACAGAAUAAAUAUGGC